AUGGAGGGAACUUCAGACUCCCCAGCGGAGCAGGACAUUCCAUUUUCAACUCGGUCAUUAUUAUUCUAUGUAACUGAUACUCGUGAUCGUUAUAGAGACAUGCAACUAGAUGUGGAUAACAUGUCCUAUGAGGAGCUCUUGGCAUUGGGAGAUUAUAUAGGGAAUGUUAGCAUGGGUUUGUCUGAAGAAACAAUACUUAAGCCCCUCAAAUGCAGUAAGUACUUUUUAUUUGCAGAAGAGAACGCUAAGAAGGACUCUUGCAGAAUAUGCCAGGAGGAUUAUGUGGAAUAUGAUGAUUUGGGGACAAUGAAUUGUGGUCAUUGCUUCCAUACUGAGUGUAUUAAACCAUGGUUACGAUGCAAAAAUCUCUGCCCUAUUUUUCUUGUGUUGUAUGGUAAGUCAGAGCUCUUGUCUGAAUAA